CGGUGAGUUGCUUGUGUUAUUCUACGAGGAGAGGUCUUGGUUAGUUGCUAAAUUUUGAACGCUGUAUGUCUGAGAAAAACUAAAGCAAUUGUUUGAAUUUUGUAUUGAUUCACGUCGAAAAUAACUUUUAUUGAUAUCUAUUGGCGUGCGUUCUCAUUUAAUAAUGAUGCAUUUUCUAGAAUUUUUUGUUAAACCUGAGUCUCGGUGGUUUCAGAAUCGUAUUGUGAACGCCAAAUGACAAGGCUAACUCGGUUGCUUCAGUCUCAAGUUUGUUUCUAACGUUACUACCAUGUCCUACGUUUUAGUGAAGUGCUGGUGACAUUGUUUUUACCUCAAGUCAUAGCUCAUUGUUAGACUGUCAUCUUUUGUUUACUGCGUAUUUUUAUUGAUUGAUGGGAAUCAUUAUAAGGAUGCACUGGAUUUUUUAAUUGUUUAAUUAAUUAUUUUUUUAAAUUAUAAUUACAACUGACAGUAAGACUUGUAAGUUGUAAUUAUUAUAUUAUCAUUAGCCGAAGAUAAAUACUUGGGAAUUAUAUAAAUUUCAUGUCACCACAGUAAUAUGACACCUUGAUUCGAGAUUGCACAUUGUUGAUGAAGUGUUUGAAGAAAGUCAGUAUGUUUUCUAGCAAAAGGGAUAGAUUUUUGAGUUUCAAUUUGAUUUUAAUUGUGUGGUGGUUUAUAACAAGUUAUCCGAUUCUAUGCAAAAGUGAAUUGAAUGAAGACAAUAUAACAUUGCCUUUGAAAAUAUUUGGCAAAUAUAGAACUCAACUACAUGGUAACCCGUACACCGUGGGAAAAGAAAAAUCAAGUACUUUAGACAAACAAAAUGUGUAUGAUAUUGAUAAUGAACUAGCAAGACAAUCAGAAGUUGGAGCAUUUGGUGGAAUUUACUUAAAGAGUGAAGCCAAAGUAAUUGGAUCACAUUUGCGAAAAGUUAGUAAUGAAGAACUGGGAGUUACUACUAUGCAGGCUAUUUUUGACUCUCUACCCUUUGUGGAUGUGGAAACUGACAUUACAAAGAAUGCUGAAAAUAUUGCCAAAAGGUUGCAAGAAAAAGCCAAUAUAUAUCUUGAUGUUUUGGAGAAAAAUAAAGAAGAGGUUGAAACGCUGUAUAAACAUCAUCAAAAUUCACCUGUAUCAUAUAUUAACCCAUGUUUUGAUAUUGAAAGUUCAAUUCUUAGUUUCAGUGAACAUUUUGGAACAGCAGUUUCUUUAGAAUCAUCAUGUGAUCUUGCACCACCCAAACUUGAAGAUGGAAUUUUUAGCCCAGGAAAUAAUUUAACUGAUGUGUUCAGUGAAAAUCUGGGAAAGUACCCUAAUGUGAAAUGGCAGUAUUUCAUAUCGGCAGCGGGGGUUCAUAGUGAGUAUCCUGCCCACAAGAUGGAUCAUACAACAAUUUGUGGUCUGGGAAAAGACAGCAGACACAGGGAUGUGUAUUUAGCCACAGUAGAGCCUCGUGGCAAACACGUGAUGAUUAUCAUAGAUCAUGGAACUUCUUUAAGUUCCAACCAAUUGGCAGUAGCCAAAGCUGUAGGAAAACACAUACUUUUUACAUUAUCGCACCAAGACAAGGUUGGCUUAAUUGGACUUUCUGGUGAACCACAUCAUCCUCAAAGUGAUAGCUGUCUAACCCACCAGAUGGCGUAUGCUACUUAUGAGACAAAGCUUCAUUUUAGUAGAUUCAUUGAUAGGCUACAAAAAACAAAAAACUCCACCAAUCAUCUUGUUGGAUUUCUGAAAGCCUUUGAACUACUACAGAAUUCCUUACCUCCUGUUGGAACACUUACCAGUGAUUCAGAAGCACUUAUUAUUUACAUCAGUAGAGGACUUCUGUCAUCUCUCACUGAAGCUCGUCCAGUUCUAGAAGCUAUUGCCAAUGAAAAUCAUAAAAUUGACAAUAGAGUUAUCAUCAACACUUAUGCUGUUAUUGAUGAUGGGAAACCUAUUAUGUAUGAAAAAACCUUUCUCAAAGAUAUUGCCAAACAGAACUUCUACAAGUACAAUGUUCUCCCUCCAGAUCCUUCUAGCAUUAAGGAAGGGAUGAUGGUUGCUGUUAACUCCACAAAGAAUCUUAGCUUUCUCUUAGGAGAUUUUUAUUCUGUGAUGUCACCACCAGCUCAUUUUGAAACACAUUUUUCACUCCCAUGGUGGGAUCCUGUUAGCAAGGGUUUAGUUGUUAGCCUCAGCCAGCCAGUGUAUUAUGAAAGCAGGCUGUUGGGAGUUGUAGGACUGGACAUCAACCUAGCUGACUUAGCUGAAGAUGUUACCUAUUUUAGGCAUUCAGAGGACGUAUAUGCUUUUCUCAUAGAUAAGUCAGGUAUGACCUUGAUGCACCCCUCUUUCACGAGGCCAAUGUUUGUAAAGAAGCAGCCACUACAUACACCUAUAGAACUUUUGGAAAAUCAGCCUGGUUUCCAAAAGAUUAGGGAAUACAUUCUGAGGAAUGAUAGUGGAGAGAAACAUAUAUCAACAAAAGUACCGUGUAAGCCACCCAAAAUGGGAAAUUUUGCCCUGAAUAGUGCAGAUUUAAAAUGUUUAGAUAAACAGGGGAAUAAACACCAGACAGUCUACAGUUGGAGAAAGGUUCCUCGAACUCCAUACAUUGUGUGUGUGGUGUCAGUCCAGAUGAAGAAAAAAUUUAAUAGAUUGCAAAAAAUCUUGCCUUCUCUUGAACCUGCAUUUGUUCACCACAGACUUGACCUUAUGGGAACUUCCCGCAUGUGUAGACACAUUAAACAACUCUCAACACUUGAAUCCAGUACACUUUUCCUGUCUGCAUCAUGUUUUCUCUCGCCCUUCGAGUACCUGACAAGUAAUGAAACAAAAAACAAGGUUCAAGGUUACGUGGCAUACCUUAACGACAAAACUAAACUAAUUGCCAAUCCUGGUCUAAAGAAUGAAGUACGGAAUGAUGUACUUUCUGCAAUGCAGAUCACUCCAGAAUGGAAGAAAAGGGUUUUGAACAGUGAUUUUUCCAAGUAUAUUGUUAGGAGGUUUGUUGCCACUCCUAACGGCAUGUUCCAGAUCUACCCAGGUACAGUAAUAGACAAAAGAUUUGACCCAACCAAGCGAGAGUGGUUUCGACGUGCCAUAGAACAUCCUGGGAGGGUAGUUCUGACAGCACCUUACCUAGAUGUCGGUGGCGCUGGUUACAUUGUAACGCUUAGCCAUACUGUGUAUGAGGGAAAACAUGCUUCUAUGCAUAGUUCAUUUGACACCAUCAAAGCUGUUUUGGGGAUGGACUUUACAUUAGGAUACUUUUACAAACUGCUGGUAGAUGCCAUCCCAUUGUGUGAGAAAGAUAGAGUGGUGUGUUUCAUAAUGGAUGAUAAAGGCUACUUAAUAGCUCAUCCUGGACUUAUUGAACCAAAUGGACGUGGACCAAUUGAACAACAGCACAUAACCCACAAGGAACCUCUGGUAGCCAAUGACAUUGUGAACCAUGAAGGAUUUGUGAAGAAAAAGCUGUGCAACAGUUUCAGUGAUCGUACAGUACAGAGAUUCUAUCAGUUCGACCUAACUCUUGAUAGAGUGUUGACCAACCUAGUUCGAGGAGAACAUUGUGCAAAAUAUCAGAUCACACUAGUGCCAGGUACUAACCUAUAUCUUGGAAUUGUGAACCAGACAUGUGAAGCCGUCACAGCCUUUUGUCCAUGUAGUAUGAUAGAUAGAUUGUGUUUAAAUUGUCAUCGAAUGGAACAGAAAGAAUGUGAAUGCCCCUGUGAGUGUCCACUUGAGAUGAACCUUUGUACUGGUCAGCUUGUGGAUGAAGAAGAUAGAAAUCCCAGUUGUCCUUGGGAGCCAGAAGAACUUCAGUUGCCUUUUAUAGAUCCCGAUUUCUUGGAGUUCUUAGAACCAUGCUUUGAAAACCAUUGUCUUGCUCGAACCACUGAGAGUGAGUGUUUUGGUGUACUUGGAUGUGAAUGGUGCCAGAUGGAGACUGAUGGUGUGACUCAGCUUAAGAAAAGCUAUUGUGUGGAACAAAGAAAAUGUUUUGGGGGAGUUUUGGGUGCCAGAACACCCUAUGCAGAUGAGAUUAUUGAAGGUCUUCCACUUGAAGAAUUGUUGGGUAUCAAGAGUACUCCAGUUGGCCCAGUAGCUGGUGGGAUCAUGGGUUGUUUUCUGGUUCUGGCUUUGGCAUUCUACUGCUAUCGACACCAUGUUCAGCGUGGGCCAUCUCCCUACAUGCCAUCAGCUCCAAAUACAACAUUCCCAAUGUCUCAGUUGGACAAUGAACCAGAUGAAACAGAAUUUAAUGAAGACCUUCAUCCUGUAGCUCAUUCUAAUGUGGUACUGCAGAGUUUUGAAAAUGCUGUUCCCGUUUCUCCUUAUCGAGCAAAUAGUGCAUACCGAAGGCCAGCAGGUGGUGAGAGUGACCAUGGUUACAGUACAAUGACUCCUCAUGAAGACUCUGAACAUAUGCCACCUUAUUUUGAACCUUUACUGAUAGGAAAGGAUUGGCACCACGUUCCUGCAUCUCAACAGUCGGUAAGUAGUUGUAGUCGAGCAUCAUCACCUGUACCCCAUCCUCAUCCCCACAGUGUGACACCACCCAUUUCCUAUUACGGGAUACAGAGCAACAGACCUUGGGCUAGUGGAUUCUCAGCGUUCAGAGAUCCAUCACAGACUGUUAUACCAGAGGUUCCGUACCACAGUGAACAUUUGACUCAGGCACAGAUCCAUUAACUGUUCAUUGUCUGUGUAUACAUAGCUGCAUACUAAUGUAUGUGAACCUGAACUUUAAUGACUUGUGCUGCUCAAUUUCUGCACGAGAGUGUUGUCUGAUUGUACCAAAAUAGUCCAUAGGUGCCAAGUUGUGAUCAGUCAUGUCUUGUUUACUCUAGUUCAUAGUUUAUACAGUUUAAAAGAGUGGCAAGAAUAAUUUCAUAUUUUUCAUUUUGUUGUUAAAACGGGUUGACUUGUACACGUAUGUUUGUAAAUUCAUUAGUUGAUGUUUUUGUAAAAUGUAAGUAUAUUGUGUAAGUAACUAAAUGUCACAAGGUUAAAUAAUUCAUCUUUUUUCUAUAUAGUUUUUGUUGCUUGAGCAUUGUCAUUUUAGAAAUUGUAUAUAGUCAUCUUAUACUUACAUACAGUGUGAUGGGUGGUUUCCAAAAUGUAAGUAUCUCAUCAAAUUUCAGUUUAAGCUAUGCAAGUUUGUUUUGACUGAAAUAGCAUUUGUGAUCUUCCUCUGUAUUGUAGUGCCUUUUGUUAAAAACAAACACUGAAACCCAGUUGUUGAUAAUCUUGUGUAAAAUAAAAAUUCAAUAAUAGUUACAUUUAUUAACUAAUUUUUUUUUUAAAUGUAAACACUAUUUAAAUAAGACAAUUAAGUAAGUGACAAUUUCCAGUGCAUCAACUUGGUGAAGAGUAGGAAUGCAGUUUGGGUAAUCACAGUUCCGGUACCACAACUAGACACUUAUGUAAUGUUUGUAACUAUACUUUACGAUCUGAAAAAGUGACUUGUAUGAUCGUGAUUACAUAAACCUACCUUCGAGUUUAGUUAUUUUUCAGAAAUAUUCUUCUUUUUUUUUUAAUAUCCUUUCUAGGAGGAAGGAAAACAAGCUGAUAUUAAUAAUACAAGUUUUGUGUCCAAAUUUCUUUAAGGGACAUUCAUUUAUGUUUUUCAGCAAGUUAUAUGAAAAUAUUCAAAGCUAAAAUUGUAAGUUACAGUAUAAAUGAAAGGUUUCACAUUUAACACUAUUUGGUAAUUUUGUAUUCCAUAUUAAGAGCUAUAUGUAAAAACCUGUGUUACUGACUGAUCACAGUUGUCAUCACCCAUGAAAGGAAACACUUUGAGGAUCUGUGACAGAGCUUUUUGGUGCAUAAUUUAAUAAUUUGAGGUUAAUUUUUGAUACAAGAUAUAGUGAAUCAGAAAUAAUUUCAAGACCAGCUGGAAAGAAGUUACAACUGGUAUUUGAAGCACAGUUUUCAAUACGUACUGUGUAUGUACUUUUUUACUAGCCCUAAGAUGACAUUGUAGUGUUAUCAGUACUUUAGACAGUGUAGGUAUCAUGAGGUUGUAAUGAACUGCAUUUGCUUUAUUUCUAGAAGCUAUGUUUUGGUCUGUAUGCUGAGGUUUUUUUCUUCAGGUCCUGAAGAAAGCUCCAGCAUGGAAGUUGAAAUAAACAGAAAGCAGUUCAAUAAAAAUUUCAACCCCUAGAACAUAGUAGUAACCAGCACAAAUGAUUAAAAACAGUAGAAUCAAGUAUGUUGUGAUGUAAUACAAAAAAUGUAGUGGAACUAUAAUCAAGUAACAUCUUAAUAAAUAUACGUGUAUUUUAUUGAUGACACAACAUCAUUUGGUAAGUUUUAUAGGUAAAUCAUUGCUGUUGGAAAUAUACUAGAAUUAUAUUGUAAAGAAUGACAAAUUUGGCCACACAGAAUUAGUGGCAUGUAUGUAGAAAGUAUUGGUAUUUAUAAUAUAAAUAUUCGUAGGUAUACCAUUUCCAUUUAAGUUUUAUGAUGAGAAAUCUAAAGUAUUGAUGCACGUUUUUUAUUAUUUGUAGCAUUUUGUAUAAAUGAUAAAAUAUGUACAAGAACAGCCACAUGUAGGGGACAUAUAAAAUUCUGAUUACUGUUGAAAGUUAAUAGUCAUUUGUCUGGUAAGAUGUAUGCAAAAGAUUCUGUUCUGGCGUGGUUGUGUUUUGUACUUAUUUUACAUGUCAACCUUAAAUUCAAAGAUUAGUCCAACCUUAUAGUAAUUAAACCAUAAUCCUACUCUCAUAUUAAGUGCCAGGUUUUAUAGAAGACAUUUAUUGUUAAAAAGCAAGUUUGCAGUGUAAAGUUGUAAUUAUACUAACAACAAAAUAGUACAAUAUUUUCACAAUUUCCUGAAGUUGUUAAAGUUCAUUCAGAAGGGUAGCAUGAAAUAUUUACAUAGUAUUUUUGUUUCAUUAACACUGACUUGUUUUUUUGUAAGUUUUCAGAAAACUUAGUUUUUCAGUAUUUAUUUUCCAAAUAACAUACAUUUUGCAAGCCACACUUGGAACCAAAUUGUAAUAUUUCCAAUUUAUCACCAAAAACAAAUAAAGUACUCACAGAUAUGAAGCUUGAUUUGUUUUAUUAACCUUGCUAAAGGGUUCCCAGUUCUUAAAAUUUUAAAUGUGAAAUUUUUGUAAUAUUUCUUCCAUCUCGGAGCUUAAAUGUUACUGGUCAAUUAUAAGUAUUUUUGUCAUAUUUAUUUGUAUGUUUAUGAAUUUUUUUUUUAUCAUUGCAUCUGUACUUGUGUAUGAGGAUUUGAAAACUAACUUGUUAAUUUCAAUCUACAAGUACACUUUGUUAUUUUAGCAUGGUGCAUGUGUUGUAAGAAUAGUGACAUUACAAGGACUAUUUUACUGUAUUGAUACUAAAAUUAUGAUGUGAAUCUGAAACAUGUACAGAUUAAAGUUCAUUUUUGUAGUAUGUUACUGUGCAGUUUUUUCAACUUCGACAAGACUUAAUAAUGUGUAACAUCUCUUUGGUUAGAUGAUGUGCUUCAAUCUGUUAUGUGUACUUUUCUUGCAGGUGUAAUGCAUUAACAUCCUUUCAUUCUCAUUUGUGCACACUAACUCCUUAUUACAGCUAAUGUUGUAAAGUUUCUGAGUUUCAGUAAACAAAAAUGUGGAACAA